AUGGACGCUUCAACGCUAGCUUUCUUCGGUGUUAUACUAACGACAUUCGUAUUGGUAAAGUGGCUUUUGCAGUCUGAAUCCCAUCCAUCAGCUCUACAGUCGCCAUCUUCCACCUCUAGUGAUGGCAGUCCUGUAACUGGAACCGGUUCGGGCCGUUCGUCAAAUAUCUCAGCCAUUAGAAGGCGACCCAGGAGACCGGUCACAAAUGACAUGAUAGACGUGGUCAGAAGUUUAGCUCCCACGUUGCACGAAGAACAAAUAAGAUAUAGUUUAGAGGAAACAGGAUCCGUGGAAGAAACUGUGGAGAAGUUUUUGAGAGGCGACGAAUUUUUGAUGCCCCCAGGCUACACCGGUCAAAGCUCCAACACUGGCCAAGAGACAUCCGAUCAAAGAUCAAGAAAUGUGGAAAGCUCAGAUCCUCGGAAGAAGAGCAACAUUCAUCCUGACAACCUCUUGAAUAAAUAUAAAGUUGAAGUCGAUGCUGACUUGAAAGGUGUCAAUUAUCCCGAAUUGAGCAUUGAGGAGCGGAAAAGAUUCUUGGUGUGGCAGGCUCGAAAGGACAUGGAAAACCGUUUAGAAAACGAUGAUCAGCUAGCACAAUUGCUGAAGUGA